UUCCAAACGUACACUUGACAUUUCCUCAAUACUCAACACCAAAGAACAAAUCUUAGUUCAUUUUCUUUUUUAAAAAUGGCAAAAUUAGGAUUUCUUGCUCUUCUAAUUUUCAUCAUAUCCCUUCAUCAAAUGUCAAUGAGCACUUUAGCCCAAAACUGUGGAUGUGCGCAGGGACUGUGCUGUAGCCAGUGGGGGUACUGCGGCAGCACCGACGAUUAUUGCGGCACGGGGUGCAAGGGAGGCCCGUGCCACUCCACCGGAGUGGCGGGCGUGGUUACGGAUGCGUUUUUCAAUGGGAUAGCGAAUCAGGCUGCUUCGAGCUGUGAGGGGAAGGGGUUCUACACCAGGGCUGCGUUUCUUGAAGCCAUCAAGCAGUACCCUCAGUUUGGAACGGUCGGGUCAUCAGAUGAUUCUAAGAGGGAAAUUGCUGCCUUUUUUGCCCAUGUUACUCAUGAAACUGGACACUUGUGCUACAUUAACGAGAUAAACGGUGCAAGCAGAAACUACUGCGACAACACCAACACACAAUACCCAUGCGUCCAAGGCAAGGCCUACUACGGCCGUGGCCCCAUCCAACUCUCCUGGAACUUCAACUACGGCCCCGCUGGGAGGAGCCUCGGGUUCGACGGCCUCAACAACCCCGACAUUGUCGCCACUAAUUCCGUCGUCUCCUUCAAGACCGCCUUGUGGUUUUGGAUGAACAACUGCCACUCCAUCAUCACCACCGGCCAGGGUUUCGGCCCCACCAUCCGCGCCAUCAACGGUAAGCUCGAGUGCGAUGGCGCGAACCAGCAGACGGUUACCAAGAGGGUUGGGUACUACACACAGUAUUGCCAGCAACUUGGUGUCGACCCCGGGACUAACCUCAGAUGCUAGUGGAUGGCUGCUGGCUGGUCGAUCGGUUAAUCAAACUAUCAAUAUGUUAUUUUUUAAAAAUGGUAUAAACACACACAUACAUGUAUUCUAUGUUUACUGUAAUGUAAUAAUGUUUUCAUAUUUGAAUUGAAACUUGAAAUAAGACAUUCUCCAAAGGUCUGGUGAAGUGGUGACCCCAUUUUACAUUAUGGAGUACUUCGUAUUAUAGAAAAAAUUAAUCAAAAGACCAAAGUAUACAUAAAGUUCAAAAAUAGGAUUAAGUAUAUUUUGUUUUCUAAAUAGGACUUAGUGUAUGCUAGAAAUGAACGAACAAGUGAGAUUUCAUUUAUCUAUUAUUCAUCCCCUGAUUACAAAAUGUGAGAAUGCAUACAUAUAUACACGUUCGAGCAAUGCUAAGCUAAUAUAUGAGCCCUUAGCCCAAAU